AGGGGCUGCACAAAUUGUUCCAGUCAGAGGGGUGCAGGUCGAGUCAUUCUGCUGCGCGAUGUUAUAAACAUUACGGUAAUGCUCCAGCUGCGGUCUUUACGGUGAAACGGCGGAAACCGGAAGUCAGUUCAAAACAGCCGUGGCGGCCCCGAAGAAGAAGGAGCUGCUGAGAUGAGCGAGAGCGGCGCUCAGCUAUUAGCUCGUCUGGAGGCGCGGCGCUGCCUGAAGGAUAUUGAGCCUCGUCUGUUUCCGGAAGAUGGAGGACCCGACCAAGGUGCGGUGGUGGAGCUGUUCGGGCUGGAGGGCACAGGUAAGACGGAGCUGCUGUAUCACCUGCUGUGCCGGUGCGUUCUGCCGGAGGCAGCCGGGGGUCUGGAGGUGGAUGUGGUGUUUGUGGACACAGACUACAGCCUAGACAUGUUACACCUGGUCAGCAUCCUGGACAGCAAACUGAGCGCAGCGCUGUUGGCCGGAGCAGACGAGGCAGCGCUGCGCUCAUGUCUGUCCCGCCUCCUGGUCGUUCACUGCUACUCCUCCUCACAGCUCCUCCUCACGCUCCACUUCCUGGAGACCACCUUGUCGUCACGGCCCGCCCUGGCGCUGAUCCUCAUUGACAGCAUUUCCGCGUUUUAUUGGGUGGAUCGCUGCGAGGACGGGGUCAGCUACACCAAACAGGAGGAGAAGCUCAGCAGGUGUGCGGAGCUGCUGGGACGCCUGCUCAGGGACUAUAGAAUCACCGUCUUCGCCACCUGUCAUGCCAUCAGGAGGCCCGCCGUCCCCUCCUCCUCCUCAGACUCCGAGCGGUCGUACCUCUGCCGCUCCUGGCAGAGGCUGGUGACCCACCGGCUGCUGUGCUCCAGGCAGAAGCCAGGAAACAACGUGGCUGGUGAAGGAGGAGACGACCAGGAGCAGAGGAGACAUCAAAUCUUCACCGUCCACUGCACCACCUCCUCCUCCAUGGUCAAGGCCUCCUGGAGCAGCUCCUUCUGUGUGACGGAGGCAGGAGUGGAGUUCCUGUUGGAGUCGGAGGAGAACAAAUGUGCUGCACGUCAGUAACUCAGACUCUGGUCCAAUCAUGGAUCAGGGAGAUGUCAGUCAUCUGGCUGGGGGACCAAUUACAUUUGAGCCCUUGCCGCGGGCACGCCCCUCACAGCACAGACUCUGUUUACUUCAUCUGCGUGUUUUUCUGUGUGAUUUGAUUCCGUGUUCUGUCUGCUCGACCCACAGUGGAAACAGGAGCAGACUGUAAUGAGCUGCACAGGUGGGACUGUACAGGUACAGGGAGAAGGGAGGGGGUGGGGUCAGGAUGAGGUCAUCGCCAAAGGGUCAGCAUAAAUGUUUGUGUUCAAUAAACUGGACAUGUGUGUUGUGA